UACAAAAACAUUGUCACAUUUUGUUUGGAGAAGAAAGGGUUGAAGUUUCGAGAUCGGUGGUGUCAUUUUGAACGUGGAACCGCUCUCUCAAGAGGUUUUUCCAUCCACUUCCCCUACGGUUUUGGUCGUCUCAUCAUCUGACCUUCCUCAUUCUUUCUCUCUCUCUCUCUAUACAUCGAAAACUUGAAGAAAUUCCCUCCUAAAAUUUUCAUUUUCUUUGAAAUUUCUUCACAUCAUCUCUUAUAUUCCCAAAUCUCAUUUGAAAACAGUCUCCAAAUUCUCAAUGUCGUCGUCCACUGUCUCAAUUACUGCAAACCCUUCUGCUGCUAUGCGUAGACCUUUAUUCACCGGUGAGAAAAAAUCCGGAUUAGAUUUGGGCGGCAGUGAUGGGAUUGAUGCUCCUCCGCUCAGCGGCGGCGAAACCAGCAGAGGGAAAGAUCUCAGCCAUUCAAUCAGAGCAGGAGCAGAAACCGUUCUCGAAAGAUCUAGAGAUGCUGUUCAAACCAAGAACUCGUUACCCACGAAUUCAACCACCAAGCCACGAAAACGGACCACCGAUAAGAAGGGCGGCGCCCCCUCCACUACGAAGGCUCCAUGGAAGAGGGUUGUAAGUGUAAUCAUGAAGAAUUUCGCUCUUAUACUUAUACUCUUGCUUUUGGCUCAAAUGAUUCGUAGACUAGCGUUCAAUCAAGGGAGUGGUUUUGAUUCGAUUCUUAUCCCUAGUUCUGAUUACGAAAGAAGGAUUGCAGAGGUCGAAGCUUUCUUGAAGACCACAACCAAAAUGAUGCAAGUUCAGGUUGAAGUUGUGGAUCGGAAGAUCGAGAAUGAGAUUGCAGGUCUGAAAACCGAAUUGAGCAAGAGAAUUGACGACAAAGGUGCUGAAAUUUCCAGCAGGGUUAAUGACUUUGACGGAAGACUUAAAACUAUGGAGAACUCCUUAACCACUAAUUGGCUUACCAAAGACGAGUUCAACAGAUUUUUAGAGGAAUUCAAGGGGAAAAAGGGAGUCGACGAUAUCAGUGAUUUAAAACUGGAUGAAAUUAGGGCUUUCGCCAAAGAAAUCGUGGAGAAAGAAAUCGAAAAACAUGCUGCAGAUGGGCUUGGUAGGAUUGAUUAUGCUGUGGCAUCUGGUGGUGCUAUGGUGUUAAAACAUUCCGAGCCUUUCAUUCGUUCUAGCAAACUUAGCAGAUGGAUUGCUGGGAAUGUGCACAGUGGUGCUGUGAAGAUCCUGCAACCGAGUUUUGGUCAACCUGGUGAAUGCUUCCCUCUCAAAGGAGACACUGGUUUUGUUGAUAUUAAGCUUCGAACAGCUGUUAUUCCUGAGGCUAUUACUCUUGAACAUGUUUCCAAGAGUGUGGCAUUUGACCGAUCUAGUGCUCCCAAGGACUGUAAAGUUUUGGGAUGGUUGGGCAGCGAGGAGCUGACCGAAAAGAUGAAUUUGCUGACCGAGUUUACAUACGAUCUUGAAAAGAGUAAUGCACAGACUUUCAAUUUGGUGGAAUCAAAAACUGCUGUGGACACAAUCAGGCUUGAAUUCAUGUCCAAUCAUGGAAGCCCUAGCCAUACUUGCAUAUAUCGAGUUAGGGUUCAUGGUUACGAACCUAAUCUUGCCUAAAUUGCCCUUGUGUCUUUGUUUUACUUUUAUUUGUAUUUGGAAGUGUUUUGAGUUUGUGACUUUAAUUUGGUUGUGUUCCACUAUCCUUUUGUUGCUUGAAGGUUUUUUUUGAACAGUUGAAAAUAUGGUUUGGAGUGGUGGCUAGUUUUAGCUUUUA